GCCAGUUGCGAGGCGCGCGCGCUACCGAACACGCUUUCGUUACUCGCGCCAUUCUUCCACAUCGGUCACGCGAUAUUUUAUAAUCUGAGGUGAACCGACGCUUCUCGACUCGACGCGUUUUGUACUUCGAUUACGAUACAACGAAUUUGAAUAUCGACGGGAUUGCAGCGUUCCGAAUGAAUGCAACCCGUUGGAGAUGAGAUGGAUCGUCGAGGACGUCUUGAUGAGUAGCAAGAACGUUUCGCCGCGGAAUUCCGCGCAAAAAGUGUGGAACAAGCUAAAGAUGAACAGUGGGGAUUCGAGGGGCGUCGCGGUUCACCCUCGACACGAUUAAAUAAUCCGUGUGGUGAUUCGCGAGCUAUGACGUUGUGCCGAGUGUUUUUGUGACGUGUUUUCGAUAAGCGGAGUAUCUGUCGCCGAGAUCGUCGCAGAGUGUUCAUGUUCCUGAAUCCCUCGAUCAGUGCGCGAGAUCAGUGAUCGUGUAGUUGCGUGUGAGAAGCGAUCGAAGCAAAGUGUCCUCGAAGAAGUGUGUCCUCGGCAUGAAGGGGAGUGUUGUAUGUUCCUGCGUGUAUUCCUGAUCGAGGUAGAUCGAGUGAUCCGAAACUAUCGAGCCGUUUCUCGAGUGUCGAUAGCGUUUGCAACGCGGAGGAAGCAAGCAAGCCCAGAAAGUGUCCUCUCGACCGGAGGAGAGUGCAAGUACUCGGCAUGAAGGACACGCACUGGCCGGUUUUCAUCUGCGUUCUCAUGGCGACGACGGUGCUUUCUUGUCGACAGAGCGAAUUUCAAUGCGGCAACGGCCGCUGCAUCGCCCUGAACAAGCUCUGCAACGUGGACGACGACUGCGGCGACGGCAGCGAUGAACCUCGUCAGUGCUCUCCUUGCAACAAGACGUACUACGGCGACGUGGGGAAAACUUACGACCUGGAGCUUCAUCGACCAAAGGAGGAUAAGGUGCCUUACAUUUGCAAGCUCACCUUCAGCGCACCUGGCGGCGAUUUGGGAGAUAUUGUUCAGUUGACGUUCGACAGCUUCACCCUCGGGAAAUUCGUGUCGUUCACGGUGGAAGGAUGUCCGGACGGCUCGCUGCAAAUUUCGGAGGCCCAACGACCGGACGUUGGCGGCCUCUGGUGCGGGACGUCCUGGGGACCCGCGAUUUACUACAGCGAGACACCAACCGUCUCCAUCACGCUGAAGCUGCUGAGACUCAGCAAGGAUCAGACGGGAUUCAAUUUCGACUUCAGGAUGGCGUAUAAGAUGAUCAGAAAAUCUGACGCCGUGGUGCGCUACGGGAAUCCCUUCGUUGGAAUAACGCAAGCAACAGGAACGCCCUCGUCAACAGAGCCAACAUCGUCGUCAACGUCAGCGUCCUCGUCGAGCGACUACGCGAACAGCUCCAUGGCUAUUCCAGCGCAGAUGGUGGAACAGCCAUCAACGACCCCGAAACCGAGCACCGAGCAAUACCUUGGAGACCUGAUAUCCGGUACCUACUGCUCUCGCAUAUUCAGCGACUGCGACCGGAAGAACUGCCGGCUACAGUCGCCGAACUUUCCCGGCCUGUACCCGCGCAAUCUCACCUGCUACUACGCGGUGAGGCAGCACGAUGUGCCACCAGGAAAACACGCCUUAAUUUCGGUGAAACAACCUCGGGGUCAAUUGGUAGCCAUUAGGGCGCGGGCAGCGGACACCCAGGCGGAAUCAUCGCCCCGUAAACUUCGUCUGUGGAAGGACUGCGACAACGUCCAGGAUUACGUGACCGUUUACGACGGCUACACCACCAGGGACCCGGUGAUCCUGAAGUUCUGCGGAGGAGGAGAACCGGUGCCAGAGGCGACCAGCAGCGGCACGGAGAUCCUCGUCGAGUUCACCACGUCUCCGUACGGCACGUUUUUCCACCCCACACCGCCCCACUCUCUCCACGGCUUUCAAUUAGAAGUGCAAGUGAAAUUCGUGGACGCAGACUCCCCAACGUACGCGAAGAACAAACACUGUGAGUUCUGGCUGCAGGGAAACGGCGGAGGAGUAUUGACAUCACCGCGUCACUCUUUGCCAAGGAACAGCACCUGUUUGUACCAUCUCCGCGGAGCGGGACCGACGCUCCCAAGUCCAACACCGCCCCGACCUCUGCCAAAGUUUCCGGAGCAGAGGCCAGGAACGGUAUGGCGGAGGCCAGCACCGAGACCCGUGCAGCCACAGUUUCGCGUUUGGUUGUCCAUCCUCAAGUUUCACGUGGGCACCAGCUUGUCCAGCGGCGACGAAGACUGCUCGACCACCCUGAUAAUCUGGGACGGCGAGAUGAUGCCGCUGUCCGAGUGCAACGACCCACUCUGCGAAAAAGAACACCAGCGGCACGCGGACAGGUCGGCGGAGCCCUCUCAUCCUCUCGCGGCUCGUCCAGCAGGCAACACGACACUCCUCGCUCGCUACUGCAAGGACAAAGUGCCGAGGACAUGCGACCACGCGAUCCUGCAAAACACGGGUCGUCCCUGUUCUCUGGGAGAGAGCUUCGUUUCCAGGGGAAGCAGCCUGACCAUCGAGAUGCGGAUGGUCGAGUCGACGGCUCUCAGGCCGGUCGAUUUUCGAGCGCUGUACGAGUUCGUCGAUCUUCAUCAGGACGGCGAUCCUUACGGAAAUGGACCGUGCUCGAGGAUCUUCUACAGCCGUAAUCGGGAUCAUUACCCCGAUCGCAGAUUCCAGGCGCCUCGCGACAUUUUCCUUUAUGGACGUGGAGGUGCGAAAAAUAUGAGCUGCGUGUACCGAUUCGAGGGCGAGCACGACGAAAUCGUGAAGCUGAGAUUCAACAAAUUGCUGAACGGAAACCGAACUUGCCGCAGCGUCUCCAAUUCGGACUUCAAUCGAUUACUAUGCGUUGGCACCGAUAAUUUCUCCGUCAAGGUGCUCGAUCUUCCAUGGCCGAACGCUCCUCCGGUUCAACGGGACUGUCUUUGUUCGAACCGAUCGCUGCCAAUGAACAUUAAAUCCACGUCGAACAUCGUCGAGUUGCAUUUCACGGUGCUGUCCAUGGACGCGUUGGACGACUACAAUAACCUCUUCUUCGAGGGAGUCUGGGACUUCGUGAAGACCACUCCUUGCUUACAGAAGCGCAGAGUCAGAGGACCUUCCGGAGAAAUUAAAUACAAGGCACCGAUCACCGACGAGGAUGAGAAAAAUUGCGAGAAGCAUCCCUGGUUGAUCGACCCGGGACCCAACCAGUACCUGUACGUGAAGAUGCACGGCACGAUAAUGUCGAACGGCAGCAAGUGCGCGACGAAGAACCGUAUCGUGGUGCACACAGGCGGCGCGAUCCACGUGUCCGUGUGUCCGAAGCCACCGGUAGAAUCCCGUCACCACGUGGUGGAGGUGUUCAGCGACGGCUGGGCCGUCAGCAGCAACGCCAUGAUCCUCGCACCGAGCCAGGACCCAGUGAGAACCAUCGUCGUGGAGUUCCUCGUGAAGGAGCCCGACACGUACACGGUCACCUGGCUAGAGCUCACCAGAAGGCCAUCGGUGACUUCGUCGGCGGGCCUGCAAAUGGCUCGGGACUGCGAUCAGCGGUGUCCGGAGUUGGAUGCUUGCAUAAACGCGUCCCUAUGGUGCGACGGUAUCACCCACUGCCCGUCGGGCUACGACGAAGCCUUGACCCACUGUUCCAUGCUACUGCAACUACCUCCCCUGCACCUGGGACUCGGUCUGCUCGCGAUCCUCACGAUCCUGGCCGUGAUCUGCUUCGUGAUCUGGCGCAUCUGCAGACAGCGGGCCAACCGGUCGAUAUCGCAGCACAGACUGAAGAGCAUCUCCUCGGAAACGGCCAUCAUAGACGGCAAGGAAGUGAUCUGCUGACACAGCGACAGUUCUGUGCGUUACGUCGAGGUCGACCGCGUGACCACCGUGUGACGAUCGCCCUUGGCCACGCUCGUUCGUCGUCGCGAAUUCAUCUGCCUGAUAUCCUCCUGAACGGGACACUCCCGACGACAUUCGCUUCCACGUAACGCGCAGAACUGUUCCUCCGUAACGAUGCUUCGCUCGAGACGUAGAUUAUAACCGACUCCGCUCGACGACUCGGACUAUGUUCUUCGCCGAAAAGGUUUCCAUUUUGUAGCUUCCGGUCCCUAGCACUCUCACGGAUCUCUUCCGGCUUCCUCCGCGGCUUACCGCCUCUUUUGCUCCCUGGAGCAGCUUCACCCGCUAGAUCCACGAGCGUUUUAGGUUUCGAAGAGUCGCCGAAAUCGAAUUGCUUUAAAGAGGACAAUAAUAAAAAAAAUCCUAGGUACCUUUCGCUGGUAGUAUAACGUAGCGGCAACCUCAGACGAGUCUUUCACCGCUGGCGUUUAAAACUGCAAUAAAUUCUUCGAUUACGAAGGACGGAAUCCGAGUCGUCGAGCGGGGAACAAGCUGUUAGUAGUUUGAAUGGCCAAGAAGCCAGUCGACAGCACGAUUUUAAGUUCACUCUCAACACCGCUCUCUUCCCUCGUGGCGAACCGCGCGGUCUGUAAAAAUAAUCGCGCCGGAAACCUUCGGUGAAAG